ACGUUUUUUGACAUAAACUUUGACGUUUAUUCAAAAAAUCACAACGAAUCCAUAUCAAUCUACCGAUUAAUUUAAGCUAUAAACAUGUUUAUGGAUUACGACGUGAAUGCGUAUAGCAGUGACGAAGACGCGAGAAGGCCAAAAAUAAUCGGCCAAAUUACUUUGAUGAAUUUGAUGACCUCGAUUUCCUUGCAAGAUUUCGUCUUACAAAAAGGACUGUAGAAGCUCUCCUGGACGAGGUCUAUGAAGAUUUAGUAUAUCCUACAAGCAGGUAUAUGUGAAUAACUGCUUAACGCCCCAACAGCAGCUGUUGUCAGCACUGCGCAAUGGAAGUUUUUUGACUGUUGCUGGACAUUUUGCUGCGGUUUCCAAAUCAACUGCAUCCAAAACAGUCCGAAGAUUCUUAAAAGUACUAACGAGUAAAAGAAGUAAUCACAUAAAAAUGCCGGAUACUCUUGAGGCUCUUGCCAGGGCAAAGCAAUCCUUUUAUAAAUAAUAUAGCUGGGCUUCCUCAAUGCAUAGGUGCAAUUGACUGCACGCAUAUAAAAAUUGUUUCUCCCGGAGGAAGCUAUGCAGAGCUCUUCAGAAAUCGAAAGCAGUUUUCUUCAUUGAACUGUUUCUGACGCAGAUUCAUACAUUUUCGGAAAUUCUCAGCUCUGCAGACAAUUUGGUCAAUCAGGUCACUUUGGCAACUCUUUGUUGGCUGGUGACAAAAGUUAUCCUAUUAAAUGCUAUUUGAUGACACCAUUAAAUACAACUACAACUCCUGCUGAAGAAUUAUACAAUGAAUCUAUCAUUCGUAGUCGCAAUGUUAUAGAGAGAAGCUAUGGAGUUUGGAAAAGAAGAUUUCCAUGUCUAGCUAUGGGUCUCAGAGUUCAUCUAGAUACAGCUCAAGCAGUUACUCUAGGAACAGCAGUGCUACAUAAUAUUGCUUAUCCUAAUAAUGAAGCUAUGCCCCUAUUAGUCCUGAACAGGAAAAUGCUAUUAACAUGGUUCAUGUAGAUAAUGUGAAGACAGAUCCUGUAAAUAUUAGGUUGACACAAAAUGCAAUCAACAAUGUUAGAACUUAC